UUUGUGUGUCUGUGUUCUCUUCCCCUUUUGUAAGGACACCAGUCCAAUGGGAUCAGGACCCACCUUGUGACCUGAUUUUACAACUUAAUCCUCUCUUUAAAGACCCCACUUCCAAAUACAGUCCCAUCCUGAGGUCCUGGGGGCGUGGGUUUCAACAUGGGACUUUGGGACGCAGAGUUCAGACCCCAGCAGGCAUAUUUCUGGACCGUGUGGGGGUUGCAAACCCACGUGUCCCACCUAGAGUGUUUUAGGCUGAGAGCUGAUCUGCACUGUCACCGAAAGAGGCACUUCGACCGAGAGUCUGUGGUGGGGAGGCUGCCCUUCCACGGUAACCGGACCCCGUUUCUCUGUCCCGAAGGACGCGAGUGUGCGGAUGAAAUGCAUCCUGGCACUGAAGGCGCUCUACGAGAAGAGAGAGUCGGCUAUGAAGUUGGGCCUUUUUUUCUACAAGUUCAAGAAACGAAUCCUGUCGAUGACGCAGGACAGGCAGCCAGAAAUCACGUCUGAGUGUAUGCAGCUCCUGAGGCUCAUAUCCGAGCACUAUGUGGGCGUGUUCUCUGCCAUGGAGUAUGUCUUCCUGUUCCAGUUUGUGUACGCGGCCUACAGGCCCAUGGCGACAGCCGCGGGCGAACUCAUUUGUAAGAGGCUCCUGGCCCCUCCACCCCACGAAGGUUUCUUUGGUCAAGAGCCCCCUGACGAGUUUGAUAGAAAUCUCCAGAACAUGAAGACGCUCAUUGACUUCUACCUGCAGGGCGAGUUCCACAGACAUGUCCCGUACCUGGUGGACGGCCUGUGGGAGGCAGCGCCCGCCCUGGUCCGGAACUGGGAGUGUAUGACGGCCCUGCUGCUGGAGCCACGUGGCGGGCGCCAAGCGCUGACGAGCCAGCAGGAAAGAGUGCUCAUUGAGAUCCUCGUGGCCGCCGUGAGACAGGCUGCAGAGGGUCGCCCACCCGCUGGCCGCCGACUCGGCAAGAAAGCUGCCAGGGAGGUGGACGGGACCCGGCGCUGGCGCGAGCAUGCCAACAUGAGCCGACACUUUGUCAAGGUGCUGCCCCGGCUGCUGUCCAAGUUUGCAGCGGACAAAGAGAAGGUGACCCCCCUCCUGCAGAUCCCCCAGUACUGCAACCUGGACGUGUAUGACAUGGACGGCCUGGGCUCGUACCUGGAUGCGGCCUUGCUAGAGCUCGACUGCCUGGUGCAGCGGCACUCGGACGUGGCGGUGCUGGAGGCCUGUGCCCGCACCUACGGCACCUACUGUGACGAGGGGGGCUCUGCCCACUUCCAGGCUGCCCCUGCCCGCAGCCGGCUGGUGGACAUGCUGGUGGAUGCGCUGACCCCACUGCUGGACGUGUUCAUCCAACAUGAGAAACAAGGCUUGUUCCUUGGACACGGUGAGAUGGGACGGAUCUGCUCCACACUGCGGAGACUGGCUGCCUUCUACAGUGCCCACGACCUGAGCAGCUGGAACCUGUAUGAGAAGAUGGAUAGCCUGCUGACCUUCCGUAGGCACCAGGGCAGUCUGCCUACUGAGGCCUCACGCCCACAGGUUGUCCACUGUGCGCUGCAGUGCACCUACUACGCGCUGCUGUGGCAGAUUGUCGCGGCCACGGACCGACUGCCGCCCCAGGAGGCGCUCCUGGACUUGAGGAAGAGGCUGAUGAAGUUCUGCCUGGUCUGUCGCGUGUACUUGAACCACCAGAGCAAGGUGCUGAGCGAGAAGGCCUUCAUCCUGCUCUGUGACCUGCUGCUCAUCCUGAGCCACCAGGGCCCUGAGGAGGACACGGGCCUGGGGCUGCUGUUCUUUGUCCCCGAUCACGUCCUCCAGUGCAAGCUGCUCACCUUUGUCAGGGAGCACGUGUUCCUGGAGGAGACAGGAGCCACAGGUCCCAGCAGAGUUUACAGCGAGGAGGAUGCGGACGAGCUGUACGAGCUGUUCCACAGGAGAAACAUGCUGGCCGUGUUUUGUAAGCUCAUCGUCUGCAACGUGCUGGAGAUGAGCGCGGCCGCCGACAUCUACCAGUUCUACCUGAAGCAUUACCAUCACUUUGGUGACAUCAUCAAGGAGACCAUGACCAGGACGAGGCAGAAUGACAGGCUCCGCAACGCGCUGUCCCUGCUCCUGUGCCUGCAGCAGCUGUUCCAGAAGCACGUGGACACGUACGGCCUUGGCUAUGACCCCAUUGAGUUCAUCUGUGGCCCCUUCUACUCCAUCCGGCUGCUGGCCCGCCGCUUUGCACUCACCCUUGGCUUUGACCGCGCCCGUGACGCUGCCCACCUCAUCCACAGGCGCGGGCUGGCCUUUGCCUUCUCUGAGUCCCCGGUGCCUGAAGAGCUAGAGGCCCGCCAGCGCUUCCCAAACCUCAGCUUCCUGCUUGUGCUGGCCGAGUUCUCCUGCAAGAUCCCGCCAGCUGAGCGACAAGCUGCACUUGCCCACUUCCAGGACUCCAUCCCCGAGGGCGUGCCUGUCUUUGGGGAGGGGGACACGAACCCCAUGUUCGUCUACCGCAAGUCCCUGAUGAGGACAGACUACGUGGCCCAGGGGGAGGAGGAGCCCGCCGCCAACCCGUUUGACGCCAUAUGCAAAGACUGCAAGCGGCCCCAAGAGCUGCCUGUGGGGACGUGCUCCACCUGGACACCAGACACCCUGGCCAGCUCCAGCACGGGGGACAGAGAACCGAGAAACUCCUCCAAGGGUCAGAAGUCCAACAGGGACGUCUUUGAUGUUGACUUCCUGUCAUCAGAGGACUCUGAGAACUCUUCCAACGAAGACGUGGAUGUGGAGGGCAUCUCCGUCCACGAGGGGGUGUCGGACUGAGGAGGACACAUGCCCCGCUGGGGCUCACGUCGGGAGCUCCUCCUCGGUUGCUGCCUUGUGUCCCUGGGCUCGGGGAGCCAGUGGCGUCCAGGUGCGGCUGACCCAGGCCCCCGGGGGCUCCA